AAUCACACUCAAUCUCACAGUGCAUCUACCAAACACAUCACGCGUCGUCUCUAACCCUACGAACCCUCUCUUCCUGUAAACGAGAAAAAAAAAACUUGGGAGCUCCUCCAUCGAAGUCACUUGCGAGCUUCCUCUUCACUAUCCGAGUUACUGUUUAGAGAGUUAUGGGAGAAAGCCAGGCCAUGGUUGCUGAGGGCUAUAAUGCUUCUGCUGCUACUGUGGAAUCGAAUGUUGAUUCAUCUCAAUCGGUCGCUAAUGUUUCUUUGGUCAAUGGGACUGGACCUGAAGGUGGUUCAACUGCGUCUGCUGAGAAUGGAACUGCAACAGAUAAUGUGCCUGUAACAGCUCCAGGAGCAGGACAUAUAGACAAUGCUGGUUCUGCUCUUUCACCGGAAGAGGAGCGCUUAUGGAGUAUUGUAAGGGCUAAUUCUUCAGAGUUCAAUGCUUGGACUGCCCUGAUUGAAGAGACAGAGAGGAUAUCUCAGGACAAUAUUUCCAAAAUCCGGAAGGUGUAUGAUGCUUUCCUAGCUGAAUUCCCUCUGUGUUAUGGCUAUUGGAAGAAGUAUGCAGAUCAUGAGGCUCGGGUGGGGGCAAUGGACAAAGUCGUGGAGGUUUACGAAAGAGCAGUGCAGGGGGUGACGUACUCAGUAGACAUCUGGCUCCAUUAUUGCGUUUUUGCCAUCAAUACAUAUGGAGAUCCAGACACGAUCAGAAGCCUUUUUGAACGAGCUGUGGUUUACGUUGGAACUGAUUUUCUGUCCUCUCCAUUGUGGGACAAAUACAUCGAGUAUGAGCACAUGCAGCAGGACUGGAGCCGCCUUGCCAUGAUCUACACCAGAAUAUUGGAGAAUCCCAUUCAAAACCUUGAUAGAUACUUUAACAACUUUAAGGAGCUAGCGGAAACACGUCCUCUGUCCGAACUUAGGAGUGCUGAGGAAUCUGCAACAGUUGCUGUUGCUAGUGAUGCUUCUGAAACUGCACUAUCUGAGUCUGAUGGAAAGGCAGAUGAAGGAAAAUCUCAAGCUGAUGGUACCUCUGAACCAUCUAAGUUGGAAAGUGCUGGUUCAACUGAUCCUGAGGAACUGAAGAAAUACAUUGGCAUUAGAGAAGCCUUGUAUAUCAAAGCCAAAGAGUUUGAAUCUAAAAUCAUUGGUUUUGAAAUGGCUAUAAGGAGGCCUUAUUUCCAUGUGCGGCCUCUCAAUGUAGCAGAGCUGGAGAAUUGGCAUAAUUAUCUGGACUUCAUAGAGAGCGAUGGAGACUUCAAUAAGGUGGUCAAGCUGUAUGAAAGAUGUCUAGUAGCAUGCGCAAACUACCCUGAAUACUGGAUUCGUUAUGUAUUAAGCAUGGGAUCAAGUGGAAGUAUGGACCUUGCAGACAACGCCCUUACUCGAGCAACUCAAGUCUUUGUCAAGAGACAACCAGAAAUCCACCUUUUUGCUGCUCGCUUGAAAGAGCAGAAUGGGGAUAUAGCUGGUGCUAGAGCUGCAUUCCAAUUACUGCACUCUGAAAUUUCUCCGGGGCUUCUUGAAGCAGUAAUUAAACAUGCGAACAUGGAACAACGACUAGGAAAUGUGGAUGAUGCUUUCUCUGUGUAUGAGCAAGUGAUUGCUGUUGAAAAGGGCAAAGAUAACUCCAUAUUACUGCCGCUGCUGUAUGCGCAGUAUUCAAGGUUUUCCUACUUGGUUUUACGUGACGCUGAGAAGGCUAGGAAGAUUAUAGUUGAAGCACUUGAUCACGUGCAGCCGUCAAAGCAUUUCAUGGAAGCACUGAUCUUUUUCGAGACCAUUCUGCCACCACCAAGGAAGAUUGAAUACCUCGACCCACUCGUUGAGAAUUUGAUAAAGCCAAAUGUAGACACCCAGAACACUGCAAGUUCCACAGAGAGGGAAGAGCUUUCUUUGAUAUAUAUAGAGUUCCUGGGUCUUUUCGGAGAUGUUGAGUCCAUUAAAAAGGCGGAAGAUCGACAUUGUAAGCUCUUUUUACCUCACAGGAGCAGGUCAGAGUUGAAAAAGCGUAGCGCAGAUGAGUUUCUCUCUUCAGAUAGGACGAAACUGGCCAAAACUUACAAUGAAACUGCGCCUGCUCAGCCAGUGUCCAAUGCAUAUCCAAAUGCACCGGCUCAAUGGUCCGGUGGUUAUGCUGCACAGCCUCAAGCUUGGCCACAACCACAAGCAGCUCCUGCACAACCACAGCAGUGGAACCCUGCUUAUGGCCAGCAACAGGCUGCGUAUGGUGCAUAUGGUGGCUAUCCCGCUGGCUAUGCUGCUCCACAAGCACCAACACCCGUGCCACAAGCCGCUGCUUAUGGGGCAUAUCCUCCUCAGGCAUACCCAGCUACAGCACCAUUGGCUGCCCCGGUCCAGCAACCCGCUGCUGCUCCUCCUCAAGCUUACUACAACACUUACUACUGAGUCUGUUGGUGUUGCUUGUCCUUAGCCAUUUUCUCUUUAGCUACUCAAGUUUAGUGUAUGACUCUUGUCUUGAUGUUUUUACGUGUCUCUAUUCUCGAUCAGUGACAUUAGUUUUACUUUCAAGUUGCUUGGAUUUCCGCUGGUUAUGACACAGAUUGUAAGAGACAAGUUUGAAAUGAUGGGCCGGUUAGUGCGGUUUAGCAGACAGACAGCAUUUGAUCUUUU